AUGGCUGCAACAAACGCCGCUACCACAGCAGCGGUGGAAUCUGCUCCGGUUGCCGUGUCAUUAUCCUCCGAUGAGUUGGCCGCCAAGGCUGUGGACAAGAGAUAUGAAGGGUUGAUGAUGGUACGGAAUAAGGCUAUUAAGGGGAAAGGCGCGUGGUACUGGGCGCACUUGGAGCCAAUUCUCGUGCAUAAUUCUGAUACUGGUUUUCCCAAGGUGGUGAAGCUGCGGUGUUCCUUGUGCGCUGCCGCUUUCUCCGCCUCUAAUCCGUCGAGAACCGCUUCGGAGCAUCUUAAGAAAGGGACAUGCCCCAACUUUCCUUCUGUUCAUAUGCCAAUUUCUACAGUACCUUCUGCUUCUGUUCCAGUUGUGAGUCUAGCAGAGGGUACUGAUACGUCGCAACCCCACAACCACCGGAAGCGUAGUUCAAGCUCCGGUGGUAAUCGCAGCGUUGGCGUCAAAGGUGGUGGAGGUACGACAUUUUCUGUACAACAUGUUCCACCACUGACCAUGAUUGAACCAUCAAGAUUUACAGUGGAGUUAGCCUACCCACCCGUGAUUUCAAUGGCUAGUACUAGUGCUGUUCCUGUUGCUGGUGGUGCAAGUCCCUCCACCGCCGCCGCCAACGGCGGUGGUAUUUACGGCCAACAGCGGCAGCAAUUGGUCUUGUCUGGUGGGAAAGAGGAUUUGGGAGCUUUAGCAAUGUUGGAAGACAGUGUGAAGAGGCUGAAAAGUCCCAAAUCAUCACCCGUUCCGACAUUAACAAAAUCCCAGGUCGAGUCUGCUCAUGAUUUUCUUGCAGAUUGGAUUUAUGAAUGUUGUGGUCCUGUUUCAUUUUCAACUCUUGAACAUCCCAAAUUCAAGGCAUUUCUUAAUCAGGUUGGAUUGCCUGCAAUAUCAAGAAAAGACUUUAUGGGUUCUAGGUUAGAUGCCAAGUACGAGGUGGCAAAGGCCGAGUCCGAGACUAAAAUUCACGACGCAAUGUUCUUUCAGAUCGUGUCCGAUGGUUGGAAGUCAAAGGAUUAUUGUCGAGAUGGGGAAGAAAGUUUUGUGAAUGUUGCUGUGAAUCUUCCCAAUGGGACUAGUGUUUAUAGGAGGGCAGUUUUCACUAGUGGUUAUGUGCAGUCUAAAUAUGCAGAAGAAGUUCUAUGGGAAACUAUCGCUGAAAUCUGUGGGAAUUCAGUGCAUCAAUGUGUAGGUAUAGUUUCAGACAAGUUUAAAGCUAAGGCAUUAAGGAAUUUAGAAAAUCAGCACCAUUGGAUGGUUAAUCUUUCUUGUCAAUAUCAAGGUUUUAAUAGUUUGAUUAAGGAUUUCUCCAAGGAGCUUCCUUCAUUCAAGAACGUGACUGAAAAUUGUUUAAAGCUAGCUAAUUUCAUUAACAAGAAGUCUCAGAUUCGACAAAGUUUUUGUAAGUAUCAGUUGCAGGAAUAUGGACAUGCCAGUUUGCUGAGAUUACCUUUGAGUAGUUAUGGAAGGUCGGAUUUUAGGCCAGUUUACGCUAUGGUAGAGGAUGUAUUGGGAUCAGCUCGGGCCCUUCAGUUAGUAUUGUUAGAUGAAUCGUACAAGAUGGUGCUAGUGGAGGAGCCGAUUGCUAGAGAUAUCGAAGAAAUGAUGAGGAAUCCGCAUUUUUGGAAUGAGUUAGAAGCGGUUCAUUCUCUAGUUAAAUUGGUCAAGACAAUGGCACAGGAAAUCUUGAUGGAGAAACCGAGGGUAGGGCAAUGCUUGACCCUUUGGGAGGAGUUUAGGUUGAAAGUGAAGGAAUGGUGUUCGAAAUUUCACAUUAUUGGAGGACAUGUGGAGAAGGUGAUCGACCGGAGGUUUAGAAGGAAUUAUCAUCCUGCUUGGGCUGCUGCUUUUAUACUCGAUCCACUUUAUUUGAUUCGGGACACGAGUGGAAGGUACUUACCCCCUUUCAAAUUCUUGACACCCGAACAAGAGAAGGAUGUGGAUAAGCUAAUAACUCGACUCGUAUCUAGGGAUGAGGCUCACAUUGCUCUUAUGGAGCUAAUGAAAUGGAGAACUGAAGGGCUCGAUCCGGUUUAUGCUCAAGCAGUACAAUUGAAACAAAGGGAUCCGAAUACGGGGAAGAUGAAGAUUGCCAAUCCCCAAAGCAGUAGGCUCGUAUGGGAAACAUACCUAACUGAGUUCAAGUCAUUAGGAAAGGUCGCCGUUAGACUGAUUUUCCUUCAUGCAACUUCAUGUGGAUUCAAAUGCAACUGGUCUAUACCGAAAUUCACGAGUUCUCAUAGGCAUUCACGGGUGGGAAUCGAUAGGGCUCAGAAGUUAAUGUUCAUUGCUGCUCAUUCGAAGAUGGAAACACGGGGUUCUUCCAAGGACGAAGAGAAAGAUACUGAGCUCUUUGCCUUGGAAAAUGGUGAGGACGAUGUGCUCAAUGAAGUUUUUUUUGAUACGUCCUCCACAAGCAUUUGA